UUCCCUACAAAGGGCUUGUCUAAAAUCAUAUUGUACCAAGUCUCUUCCAUUUCUCAAAAAUCAUCGUCUUCCUCUUCUAAAAUCAUAUUUUUCUUUGUUGUUGAAUCUGAAAGAUUUAAUGGGUGAAGAAGCAAAGCAAAUUUUUGGAGAUCAGAAUCUCAAAGCAAAAAAUGCUCAAAAAGCUCAAAAUGAUGAUAGCAGCUGGGAAAAUAACAUGGAAAGCUUUGAGGAUAUUUGCAUAUCAACAUCAAUUGAAACCUCCACAGAGAAUUCAGGCAACUCCAUUACAUCAUCUUCUUCAUCAGACUUGGUAGAAGAUGCAUCUUCUUCUUCUUCAUCUUCUUCGGUACUCACAAAUGGACCUCUCUAUGAACUAUCUGAGCUCAUGGUUCAUCUCCCUUUGAGGAGAGGUUUAUCCAGGUUUUAUCAAGGGAAAUCUCAGUCAUACACAUCUUUAGCAAGUGUUCAAAGCUUAGAAGAUCUAGCAAAGAGAGCAACACCUAUGCGAAAGAAAAUAAAACCAUGCAAAAGCUAUGGAGGAGGUUUAGAUGGAAAUAGAUCAUUAUCAUAUAAUCCCAAGGCUACAAUAUCAAAGAAAUCUUCAAGACGAUCUUUUUUUUUCUUUUCUAAUUUGGGUGGUUCUAGGCCUAAUUCAAGCCUUUCUUUACAGAAGAAUUUCUAAGAUGCAAACCCUUUUAAAUUUUUUAUGCAUUUUUUUUAAAUUUUUGAUCUCAAAGUAGUUUCUGAUCUGAAACUUUAUUUGUCAUGAUGUAGUUUACACCUUUUUUUUUUUUUUUUUUUGGGGUAACAAUUUGAGGCUUCAGAAUUUUAAUAUAUUGCAGCUUUUUUUUUU